AUGAAGAAGCUAAUGAGGAGGCUGUCGAGGGUCGGCGACUGUGGACCGGUGGGCGUGCCGGAGGGUCACCUGCCGGUGUACGUGGGGGAGGAGAUGGAGAGGUUUGUGGUGGGCGCGGAGCUUCUGAACCACCCAAUCUUCGUGAAGCUGCUCAACCGGUCGGCGCAGGAGUACGGCUACGACCACCAAGGCGUGCUCCGAAUCCCAUGCCGCGUGCUCGUCUUCCAGCGCGUGCUCGACGCUCUCGGCCGCGGCCGGAAGGCGCGUGGGGAUGCGUGGGAGCUGCUGGGCUCGCUGGCCGAUGAGUUGUAG